CUCUCUCUCUCUCUCUCUCUCUCUCUCUCUCUCUCUGUUUCAGAGAGGCAAUGUCUUCCUCUUCCAUACCCAACACGAAAAAGAAUAUCAUUGGGAACACAGUAGCAGUGAAGUUAGGGUGUGGCUGUCGAAGGCCAAAGCUCGCUGACGUGUUCAGGCCAAGGCCAAAGUCCAAAAUAUCUUCUGAUCAUCAUCACCGGAUACUCGAUGUCCACCAUGGCUCCGCCUCCUCCACCUCCUCCUCCACCUCCUCCUGCGAGAGAGCCGGUGGAUUUUCGAACAACGGAGACGAUGAAACCACCACCACCACCUCCUUCUCAGCUCAAUACCUCGACACCACACCUCCCACCCAUUCCGAAGCUGAACGAGAAGAAACCCAUUGCAACGUUACAAAAGCAACAUCAACAACGAAUUGUUCAUCAGAAGAUUCAAAGACGGUUAAAGGGUUCGGGAGAAUCAGUGAGAGUGUGGCUGUGGUGAAGGAUUCAGACGAUCCCUAUCUCGAUUUCCGGCAAUCGAUGCUUCAAAUGAUUCUUGAGAAGGAGAUUUACAGCAAAGAAGAUCUUAGGGAUCUCCUCGAUUGUUUCUUGCAAUUGAAUUCUCCAUACCACCAUGAGAUCAUAGUCCGAGCUUUCUCUGAGAUCUGGAAUGGCGUCUUCUCUGUUUCGACACCCGGUUCAUCAAGUUCAACCCAGACUCUGCCUCUCUGA